AUGUUGAGUCAAGCCACAAGUAUUGUAACUCCAAAGAAUGUACCAACCUUGGGUAUCCUUGUUGGUGGAGGACCUGCUCCAGGUAUUAACGGUGUCAUUGGUUCUGUUACCAUUGAAGCCAUUAACAAUGGUUAUCGUGUGUUAGGUUUCUUGGAAGGUUUUCAAAAUCUCAUCUUGCAAGAUGAUUCUAAAAUUGUUGAAUUGACCAUUGAUGCUGUUUCAAGAAUUCACUUCGAAGGUGGAAGUAUUUUAAAAACCUCUCGUGCCAAUCCAACCAAGAAACAAGAAGAUUUACAAAAAGUGGUCAAACAAUUACAAAAGUUUAAUGUUUCCUUAUUGGUAACUAUUGGAGGAGAUGAUACUGCAUUCUCAAGUAUGAGUGUAGCAAAGGCUGCAAAUAAUGAAAUUCAUGUUUGCCAUGUUCCUAAAACCAUCGAUAACGAUCUUCCACUUCCAUAUGGAAUUCCUACUUUUGGUUAUGAAACGGCACGUGAAUUUGGCGCCAAUGUGGUACGAAAUUUGAUGAGUGAUGCUCAAACUGCAAGUCGUUACUUUAUUGUCAUUGCUAUGGGUCGUCAAGCUGGACAUUUAGCACUUGGUAUUGGAAAAUCAGCUGGUUCUCAUUUGACCUUAAUUCCAGAAGAAUUUUUACCAUCCUCCUCUCAACAACAGCAACCUCAAGUAACCUUUAGUAGAAUUUGCGACAUGAUUGAAUCCAGUAUUAUUAAGAGAUUGUAUUGUGGAAAGAAGGAUCAUGGUGUGAUUGUAUUGGCAGAAGGUCUCUUGGAAUAUAUGAGUACUGAUGAAUUGAAACAAGCCUUUGGUAGUUCAUUGAAAUACGAUGCUCAUGAUCAUAUCAUGUUGGCUGAAUUGGACUUUGGAAGAUUGGUUCGAGAUGAAAUGAGAGAACGUAUGAGUCGUCGAGGACUUAAAAUUGCAUUCACUGAAAAGAAUUUGGGUUAUGAAUUGAGAUGUGCUCCACCCAAUGCCUUUGAUCGUGAAUAUACUCGUGAUUUGGGUAAUGGUGCAGUGAGAUACUUGAUGAAUGGUGGAAAUGGAGCCUUAAUUACGGUUCAAGGAGUGAAAAUGGUUCCUUUGAGUUUUGAUGAAUUGAAAGAUCCUCAAACAGGAAAGACUCGAACUCGUCAAGUCGAUGUUUCCAGUGAAGGUUUUCAAGUGGCGAAACGAUACAUGAUUCGAUUGGAAAAGAAGGACUUUGAGAAUGAAGAGACUUUGAAGGGUUUAGCUGCAACUGCUAAAUGUAGUGUUGAAGAAUUUGUCAAACAAUUCAAAUAUUUGGUUCAAUAG